GCUUUUUAUUCGUCUAUUUGAUAUUAUACGUUUUACUAUACUUUAUUUUUUUACUUUGAUUUACUGUAAAAUUUUUGAAUCCCUCUGUCACUCACAAAAAGACUUGUGUCACUAUAGUAUUCCAAUCAGCCGACAUGCUAACACAUCAGGUAAACUCCUGGCAUCCAAUCAACAGAGCAGCAUGCAAAUGGAGCAGGUGUCACCAGGGAGGGACUGAAGAGGAAACGAAUAUUUUUAGAACAACAGCCCGUGUGCCAGGCUCUGUCUUCAGCAUGUCACAGGAAUGAUGUUCUGAAUGUGUUUUUCUGAAGAGUCUUCAGACCCACACAGAGGAGGAUGGAAACUUUCACAUGCGAGAUAAGGACUCCGGGUUGUUGACUGAUGGCGAGAUCAGAUUGUCAAUCUACUUCUUAGACAUGUUUACGUUUUUAGACUAACAUGUGAUGUUAUGAGUUUUCUGAGAAACGGAAAGAGAUCUUUUCAGAUGGAGUCAGAAUCGAGGCUGGAGUCGAGUCUGUGGGUCAAAAAUAAAAGGUACCGGGCUGUCCUGACGGGCUGGCACUUCAAAUGGACUGAAUUAGAUAAGAAGAACUGCGACAAGAAAACAAUUUCAGUGCCUGUGGCUGAGGUGGUUGGAGUGGAAGAGGGCAGGGUGGAGAUCUUGCGCCAGAAGUCAGUUGAGGACACGGACAAAGACUUCACAGUUUUCUAUGUGAAGCGCAGCAGCAGUGGGGGCACUUAUGGGUUGCUAUGGAGACUGGGAAGGAUCCAGUUCAGUUGCUCGAGUCGAGCCCUCAGAGACCAGUGGACGAAACACCUACGAACUGCCCUCAAAACUCACAGUCCAUUGCGCCCUCAAAGGCUGUUAGUUUUUAUCAAUCCAUAUGGAGGGAAGAAGAAGGGAAGAGAAAUCUACCACUCUCUGGUUGCACCUUUGUUUGAGCUGGCUGGUAUCAGCUGUCAUGUAAUAGUGACUGAGCGGGCAAACCAUGCCAGAGACCACAUCCUGAAGAAAGACCUGGCAGGUUUCGAUGGCGUGGUGUGUGUGGGUGGGGAUGGCAUGUUCAGCGAAAUACUUCACGGUUUGAUUGGACGAACACAACAAGAGGCAGGCCUUUCUGAGAAUGACCCUGCUGUCACCCUGCAGCCAUGUCCGCUGCACAUCGGCAUCAUCCCUGCAGGUUCUACAGACUGUGUGUGUUUUGCCACAGUGGGAGUGAUUGACCCUGUUACUUCAGCCUUGCACAUUAUCAUUGGUGAUUCUCAGCCCCUGGAUGUGUGUUCAGUCCAUCAGGCUUCUACACUUGUUCGUUACUCUGUGUCUCUGUUGGGUUAUGGCUUCUAUGGGGAUGUACUGGCUGAGAGUGAGAAACACCGUUGGAUGGGACCUCUCAGAUACGACUAUUCAGGCACAGUGGUUUACCUGAGCAACAGGAGCUACACAAGCGUAGUUCAAUAUCUACCAGCAGACCCAGUGCUCUCCAGCCCCAGAGACAGAACACGCUGCCUUGCAGGGUGCAGCGUUUGCUCCAGAAGCACAGAGAGACUUUUCCCCCACUCUUCAGACUCUGGAUCUCUGUACAGCUCCCACUGCAGCCAGUUCAAUAAUGACUCAGAAGAACAGUGGGUGAGUGUAGAAGGCAGAUUCAGGUGUGUGUCCCUCACUUGCAUGUCCAGCUCGUGUCCCAAGAGUCCUCUGGGCCUCUCUCCCUCUGCUCACCUAGCAGACGGGACAGGGGACCUCAUCCUGGUGUGGGAAACUCACCAACUGGAGUUCCUCAAGUUCCUCUAUAGGCACACAUGCACCCAGGACCAGUUUGACAUGCCGUUUGUUGAGGUCCAUCGGGUGAAGGCUGUCCGUUUCUCUCUCCCCCCUGGCAAAGAAGGGGACUCUGAUGAAACUGAAGGGCAGAAUGAUGACGAAGAGAGGAGCUACACUGACACUUUUGAGAGGAAUGGAUCUCAGAUACACCUGGCAGAGAGAGGUGCAGGGCAAGAGCAGAAAACAGCGAACCCCUUUUUAUGUGGUGUGUGCUGCAGCAAGGCUCCUGAUGUGUCUGUGUGGAACUGUGAUGGAGAGCUUCUGUCUCUGACUGAGAUACUCUGCAGGGUUCAUGGCCAGUUGGUACGGCUGUAUGCGAGGGGCAUUGAGGAUGGAGCAGCCCUGCAGAACUACAGUGAGGCAAAUGUUCCAAAAGAAGUCUCCCCUAAAUGUUGAAAAAAGUGUGAAUAGAGGUGAUCUGGAUGUUUGAAAGGAAGAGCUAAUUUGUGAAAGGUUUGCGGUCUCUUAAAGCCACAAAGCUCCUAAUGUUUCAGACCCCUUUUCAAGUUUUCUUACUGCAAAAAUGAAGAUAAAUAUUUAUUUUUAAAGGAGCGUUUUUCCUGAAUUAUGCUCCAUGAAAAUGACUAUUAAGAAUGGAUAUUUUUUAUCUCUGUAGGUUUUUCUGUGCAAUAAAAAAAACCUUUUUGGU